AUGAGGUCAAUUCUGUGUGUGGCUGUUUUGGCUGUUGUUGUGGCAGGUCAAUCUGAUAAAGAUUGUUCACCAGCCAGGGAUACCGGUAAUGGUAAUUGUGAUGGGGCAGCGCCAGGACGGAAGUUCUAUUUUGACAAAACACGAGGUGUCUGCCAACCAUUCCAAUAUAAAGGAUGCGCCGGAAACGGAAACCGUUUCGAUUCCGCCAAGGAGUGCAAGGAGUUCUGCGUUAAUGGAGCCGGAGCCAAAACCCUCCAUGACGCCCAAAAACCUAAUCCGUUAAAAGACGCCUGCAAGGCCACUUACGCCACGGACCACUUGACGCCCAAGAACUGUAGCUCAGCUGCUGAUUGUGGGGCUGCAAACGGUUUUGACUGUACCGGGGGGUAUUGUUGCGCCAAGAAAGACUACGUUUGCAACUUGGAUUAUGAUGCUGGAAAAUUCGCUGUAUCCGGCCCAGGCAAAAGCGAUCGCUAUUUCUACUCCACCCAAUACAAGGUCUGCAUGCGAUUCUCCUACUACGGCUCGAUGGGCAACGAAAAUAACUUCCCCGACUACAACUCGUGCCGAAAAAUGUGCCCG